AUGCACCUCCGAUCGUUACUAGCGUUAUGGGCUGGGUAUUUGAGUGUCUAUGUGGACGCUGCGCCGUCUAGUCAUGACACCGACUUGCUCUCAGUCGUGAGCCCGCGUGCGAACUGCGUGCCUAGCCAACUCUCGAGCGAUACAUGGAAGAAGGAGGGCGUAGACAACUUCCUCGCUAACGCCGCGAAACAUUAUACGGAAUACUCCUCCGACAAUGUGCAAGCUCUAGGAGCAUACUUGGGUGCCCCCAACUUCUUUUGCGGGGUCAACCUGUGGUGCAACGCCGGCCAACCGUGUACACCGGUCACUUUACCUGGGUGGUACGCCUUAAUGGGUAUCCAAGGCUGGAACAACUACGUCAACAACCUCAACCUCGCCGUAACCUACGCCGCCACCAUCCUAAGCCUGAAGCUUGCAAAGGUAGUCGACGACCUAUGGCCGGCAAAGAAAGACAAUGUCACUCCCAUGAAGCAGUUCCUGGCGUGGGUAAACGGGAUCCUCAACGCCUUCCCAACCACAGCAGCCCUCGGCGCCACCGCGGGCAGCAUCGCUAGCACCGUCCAGGGAGGCAACAUCAUUGCGGGCGGUAUGAUGCUCGCGCCCAGCGCCGGCGGCCAAUUCUUGCGAUGGAGCGACCUGUCGAGCCAGAUGGGCGGCAAAGUCGACGAGUACAAGCAGGCCAUCGGGACGUACGCGAAAAAGGUCAUUGACGCGCCCAUUGACGAUCCGACGUGGGGUAUCAACAAGGUCUUGAGCGGCGGCGGCUUCCUCUCACGCCAGACGAACAUCACGCAGGACGAUUUCGACACGUGGAUGUACAAGACUGUCAGCGUGAACGCCAUGGCGCUGCUGAUGCAGGCGCAGAACGUGUACAUUAUCCGCACUUUUAACAAGACGGCGUGCGAUGACUCGUCUGCUGCUAUCCUGUGCAGGCAGGAGGCCAACAGCAAGUGGACUGAGUGGCGGUUCCAGCGGCACGAUAGCGAUGAUGACGUGCCCGAACACCGGCUUGCCGAGAAGCUCAUCCAGACGUAUGGGCUUACCAAGGAGGAGAUCUUGAAGGGGCCUGCGGACUGCUUUGAUAAGCAUGAUUAUGAGCAGCUUACGAACCCUUGGGAGACUGUGUCGGAGAAGGGUGUGGGCUUGGAGCCGGUGCAGUUGUGUAACUUUAAUGUCAAUGUUUGCAACAUGGAUGCGGCGGAGGGGGGUGAAUAUGGGCCUACUGAUGUAUAUGAGCCCGGGCAUUCGGAUUGGAUGUGUGAGCUGCAAGGCAUCACUUGGACUUAG